CCCUGUACUAGGAAUCUUUAACACAUCAGUAAUGUUCCACUGAACUAUGUACUAACAAACCUGUAAUAUUAUGAAGCUACCACAAAACACGGCAUUCUGCCGAGAAAUACAUCUGCAAUUGGCAAAUGUAAACCCUAGGAUAUCGGCAGGAUACCAUACAGGGCACUGGCUAUCGAGUAACCAUGGAUGUACAGUAUCGCCAAAAGUGAAUCAGCCCGGGUCAUUGCAUUACCUAGAUACUAAGAACAAGAACACAGUACCUAGAAACAACCAAUCUGAUCCAGGACCAUAUAAGCCACUGGAUAUCCAAGAGCAUAAUACAUUGAACAUACUAGGAUAUCGGUGUCCCUGGUCUAACAUGCAUACAAGAGCAUUUAUAAGAUACUACAACACUAGAAAAUGCGAAAGUACCAAUCCGAGAUACCGACCUACGAAACCUGUAGGUAACAGAUAUACCAAAGAAAGUGAAGAUAAAGAUCCAUACAAAUACGCAAGAAUUAAACCUGAUCCGAAUUCUACAGAAAAUAUAGGUAACUACUAUGAUAUAAGAGAUCCAAGGAAUAAUGUUGUUUCACCCGGAUUUCAUACAGCAGACCCAAGAGCAACGGUAACCAGUAGAGAACUCACAACUGAACAACUCUGCCUGGAAGAAAUGGAUUCAAUAGUCGAUUUGAAUACGGAUGAUAAUGAUGUAAUACAACUCAAAAAAAGAUGCUUAGUCACAGGAACGUGGUCCACUGUCGAGGCACCAAUAGAUACCUUAACACCAUCGGACACAAUUGAAGCGGUGUUGCAUAACUGCCCAGACUACGCACAUUUGCGAUCUGUGGAAGCCAUGUACAAGCAUAUGGAGAUAUUAGAAGAUGCAGGUAUCACACAUAGCCACAAUGAAAUACUAGGACAACUGGUUGAACAUAUAUGUACACUGGCAAAUAAUAAAGCAUUCAAAGUAAACCAGGCUAUACUCAUAGCAAUGAUAUAUGAUAGACACAAUAUGCUCACAGAUGAAUUGACAUACGCUAUCAUAAAAGUAAUUAAAGAACAGCUAUAUGCACUGAGGUCAUAUGAUAUAGCAGCAGCAGUCAUGGUAUACGGGAAGUAUAAAGACAGGUUCUCACCCAUGCUUAACGCACUCGGAUUAGUAUUCUAUGACCUCAUGGUUGCCGGGAAAACGGCAGUCGAACCUAAAGGACCCAACCCAAAUGAAAUGAUAGCUGUUGUAAAGGCAUACGGAAAUGCAAACAUGCCAGUCAAAAGAGUCAUAGACGCAACCUACGGUGUUUUAUACAACCAUAUAAAUGAAAUGACGAAAACACAAUUGACCGUAGUACUACAGUCAUUCUUCCAACUCACAAAGGAUAGCAACUAUGUUGAAAUGUAUACAAAGGCCAUUGCAGCCCUGGUGGGUGAACCACUGAUUUACGUGGAUAACUUCCAAGCAUACGCAGAAGAGCAAUUAGGCAUAGACUUUAACACGCCAAAAAAUAUAUACAAUGUCGAACUACUGAAACAGAACGACGAUAUCACAAUACCAGAUACACUAAAAUUCAUGGAUGCAAUGGCAAGGUGUAAUAGUGAACUGCUAAUAAACUCAGUACAUACAAGAAUAGAAUUCAAACGAUUAUGGAGUGAUAAUAUCAGGAAAGGAAUCAUGCCAUGGAAGGGACCGGUAAUAAGCACCCAAGCUGAAUCCAUAUCUACGGAACAAGUCCCUUAUGCAAGUACCUUUGUGGACCGACCAAAGGAAGUUAACUAUAAAGACCAAAUUAUAGUCCUGCACAAACGGAUGCUAGAAAUGCUACGGAAUAUAGUAGAGCCGAUAAUCGACCCUAUAUGGUAUCUAGAAGUCAUAUAUGCACGUAGUAAUGUGGAACCGAGAGAAUCCAUGCUGGAUAAGCAUUCCUUAUAUACAACAGGGAUUAAAAACACAAACUCUAAAAAGUACCCAAUGCCAAUAUUUAAGCCCGAUAUGCUGGCAGCAUUUUCUGAAUCGGAUUUCGCUAAUGCAGCAUGGGAAUAUAUAGAAAGUAUUAGGCUGUUUACUACGGCUAUACCUGAUUCCGGCCACAAAAAAUUGUCAACGCAAGAUUUCAUUAAGGAAGUUACAGAUGACAUAUCAUUGGGAUCCUGUACAAAUGAUCAAGUUGUACAUCUUAACGAAUAUGAUAUACCACAAUGUAUAGCAGCACUGAACGACUACGGGAGAUAUGAUACAGGCCUGCUAACAGAAACGGCAUGGUGUUUGGGUGCACUCUACUUUAGGACACUUUUCAUCACACCAAACUCCUUGGAUAAUAUUUACCCAAGGAGCUUGGUGCUGCAGCAUCCUUAUCUCUGCUUUAUCGAAUCUGAUGAUACCCAGAUGAUACCGGAAAUACACAGAAUAAAGCAAUGUGAUCAUAGGUUCUACAAACCGGCACCGGUGUAUGCGCAUAUGCUGCAGGGUAAUCCUGGAUUGUACGGACUGGCGAUAUACUCAAUCGGGAAUGUUAUACACAGGAUAUCAACCCAGGAUGUUCACUCUGUGUUGUGUAUGCUACAACAAGUCAACGAUGCAGUACAGAAUAUAAUCCACCCGUUCUAUGUCACAAGGAAUCUAGGCAAUCCAUUGCAUCAGUAUAGUGCCCUUUACUAUACUGGUAACUUGGUUAUGUGUCACAAAAGAGAUGAAAUACCCGAAUCAGUAAUAAACACAAUUGUGAUCCAAACACAAAAUAGUAUCAUGGAAGUACUCAAGUCAGAACCCUUCAAGCACGUAGGAGCGAUUCUGAAUAAUGCAGUAAUUAGUUUAUUCACAUACAUAAUAACGGAGCGAGAACAAGAGAGUAUAGAGCUUACCAUCGCAGAGAUGUCACAAAUGUCAUUUACAGUUUCAAUGAUAACGGCAUUUUACGACAUGGUGACAAACCAAGAGAAUGGAGUAAGGAACCACAUAGAGUUGCAGCAGAGAAUACUUAAAUUAAUAGGAACUGAGAUAAACAACCUUUCGAAAGACGAAAUAGACUGGCAACAUGAUCAACAAAUAUCACUAGUUUCAAGAAAUAUGAAACAUGAAGAAACCCGGACUUAUGCAGACAAAAUUGAUACCAUAGCAAUCAAAAUAGAAGCGAAUGAUUACAAUAAACUCACUGAAGCACUGGGACCAGCGGUUAUAAUGGUACCUCUAAACAGUGGUACCCUGGAACUUAUACAUACAACCAUGCAAAUCAUGUAUAAAAGAGUGCAAUACAUGGGACCAAGAGAAUUGAUAAGAGCCGUUAUAUCAAUACUCGAUAUGCAAACAGCACUCAACAUGAUGCAAAAUGUAACAGAAGAAGAUCCACAGGCUCAGGUCGUACAACUACUAGAAAUAUUAAAAAUAAUCUGCAAACAAAAGAUAAGCGCACAAAACAUUGAUACACAAGAUAAAGAACGAUUCAGUAGGCACGGAAGACAGACGUUGAACUCAGUACUGGAGUAAAUAUUAUAGACUCAAAAUACCACAUAUAGUUGCAAUAAUC